CUAAAUGUUACAACUUGAAAGAUUUGCGUCGACCGCUUAGUUUCGCCAUUUUGGCCGUCGUUCACCUUCACUUUGGAAAUCGGGCCAAAUUUAAAGAACAUGGCAACUCCGAUUUCAAGAGCCAUAUGCAAUUCUGUAAAAACGAGAUUUGGCGUGCGGAAUUAUGGUGCUGUGAGCCCGGCUGUUAAUACAGCAAACAGGGCAAAAGUUGCUGAAACCACUGCCAAAGACUGGAAGAUCAUUCAGAACUUGGAUGACUCCCAACUUACACGAGUUGUUGUCGCUGUGAGAGCUGGAUCAAGACACGAGAGUCGAACAAACAGGGGGAUCACACACUUCCUCAGACAUGCCAUUCAGAUUGGAAAUGCCAACACAUUUGCCCUCAACCUCUACAAUACACUGGAGGUGGUUGGAAGCACAUUCUCUACAAACACAGGGAAAGAGACAGCAUAUCUAUGUUACAGUGGAUCUAAUCAGUAUGGGAUGGAAGCUGUUGAGGCAGUAUUACGGAACGUUUUCCGCGCUGGGUUCUCCGAUUUAGACUGGGCCGCAUUCGCAGGUUGUCAGAAUAAAAUGCUACAUGAUUUGCAAAUUCUUAGCAACCAGCCUAAUGUCAAAUUGAUGGAGAACUUGCACUCAGCAGCUUACAGAGACACCCUGGGAAAUCCUCUGUAUGCCUCUAGAAACUUCAUCGGCUCAUUCACCAAGGAACAGACCAGUGAGUUUAUUCAGAAUCACUACAGUAACAACCGGGUUGCCAUAGUAACAUCGGGUGUGGAUGAGGAACUGUACCAGUCACUGACAGGAUGUCUGGACGGGUUCCCACAUUACGCGUACAAUAGGAAGGGAGCAAAAUCCAACGAUGAGAAGGCGCGUUAUACUGGAGGAGAAGCCAGGGAGGAAAAGCCAGACCUAGAUGCAACAUAUGUCGCCGUGGCAACUGAAGGACCCAAACUGGGCAGCCAGGAGGCUCUUGCAGCCGGUGUUCUGCAGGCAGUGUUGGGACAGGGUCGACGUAUCAAAUACAGCCUCAACCCAGAAGGGCCUCGACUGAAUACAGCUGUCUCCAAGGCACUCGGGGACACAGUGUUUGAUACAAAUGCAUUGAACAUCAACUACUCAGAUUCAGGACUGUUUGGCUUCGUUGUAGCUGCACCCAGUGACUCAAUCAACACAGCCCUUAGUGCAACCACUGAGGCGUUUGCCAAUGUUAUGAAAAAUGGCAUCACAGAUGCGGAACUGCAGGCCGGAAAGACAAAGCUAGCAACUGCCGUAUCUAUGACCCUGGAGAGCAAGGAAGCCCGUAUGUUUAGCCAAGCAGAACAGUCCCUGGCAGGGCUCCCGAUUUCUACCCCAGACCAGAUCAUCUCUCAGAUCAACAAACUUACGGCAGCUGACGUCAACAAGGUAGCAAAGCAGCUCUCCGCAGGAAAGUUCACGAUGUCAUCAAUCGGAAAUUUGGCAGGCGUACCUUACCUUGACGAACUGAAGGAUUUAAACUGACAAACAAUUCUAGAACUAGAUCUAUAGACAAUUCAUUUCAUUGUGUAGCAAGCUGUGAUUGAAGUAUGAUAACAAAAUAUUUUUUGGACAUUUACGGCAAAGUUUAAAGAUUUGGAUAAAAGUUUGGAUCCUAUUUGGCCGUUGAAAAGUGUGCUUUGUUCUUUUUCUGUAAAGGUAUUAAAUUCCAGGUAAACAUUUGUGCUAAUUGUAGUAUGACAGUGUUUGUUUAAAAUUGUGAAUUAUUGCAUUCAUUUGAAUGCGAUGCAUCUUUUAUGAAAUAAAUAAUUUAUUGUUAAAA